ACAAAACAAAGGGAGGAAGAGAGAGGAGGAGAGAACGAGGAUUAGAGGAGGGAGAAGAAGAGGAAGAAGAGGAAGAGGAAGAAGAAGAAGAAGAAGAGGAACAAAGAAGAGAAGAGAAAGAGGAGGAAGAAAGAGAGGAGAAGGAGGAGGAAGAAGAAGAGGAAGAGGAGAGGAGAGAAAGAGGAUUAGAGGAGGGAGGAGAGAAGAAGGAAGGAAGAGAAGAGGAAGAGGAAGAGGAGAGAAGGAGGAAGAAGAAGAAGAGGAACAAGGAAGAGGAAGACAGGAGGAGGAGGAACAAAGAGGAGGAGGAGGAUAGGAGAGGAAGAAGAAGAGGAAGAAGGAGGGACAAAGAAGAGGAAGAGGAGGAUAGGAGAGGAAGAAGAAGAGGAGAAGGAGGAACCAGGAAGAGGAGGAGAGGAGAGGAACAAAGAAGAGGAAGAAGGAGGAAGAGGAAGAGAAGAAGAACAGAAGGAAGAAAGGAAGAGGAGGAAAGAAAAAAAGAAGGGAGGAGGAAGGAGAGAAGAAAGGGAAGGAGAGGGAGAGAAAAGGAAUUAAAACAAGGUGAAGGAAGAAGAGGAAGGAAGGAAGGAAAGAGGAGAAGAAGAGAAGGAAGGAAGAGGAAGCAGAGAACAGCAAGAACAGAAGAAGAAGAGGAGGAGGAAGAAUGGAGGAGGUGGAGGAAGAACUCUCUCUCUUAAGUAAUUUAGUGAACAUUGAGAUCGGCCGUCGAGAGAAAAGACCGAUAUGUGAUAAUUGCAGUCGGCCGGCGGGGGUGUGCUGGUGUCGAGGGCUGGGCGGACAUCGCGUUAAGGUGCAAAGCCGCGUUAUCGUCCUCCAACAUCCCCAUGAGGAAAAGCGAUGUCUGCGGACGGCCCCCAUACUGAAGGCCGCUCUCCCUCCGCGGUGUUAUGUGGAGCUGCGUGGGAAGCGGUUCUCCUUGGCGAGGCAUCCCGAGCUAUCCCAAAUCCUCACCAGCGGACACACUAUCCUCAUGUAUCCGGGAGAUGGCGCGAGAGGUGUGGAGGAACUUCCGAGGGUGGGCGACAGAGAAGAGGAAGAAGAGGAAGAAGAAGAAGCAGGAGGAGGAGGAGGAGGAGGAGGAGGGGGGAAGAUUCAACCUCCGUAUAAUAUCGUGAUUCUUGACGGGACUUGGCAACAAGCAAAGAGCAUUUAUCAUAAUUGUUCCUGUCUCCAUUCUCUGCCACAGGUGUGCCUCUCCGGGCGGUACACCAGCGAGUACAUCAUCCGUACCCAGCCCACGGAUGACGCGCUCUCGACGGUGGAGACGGCUGCCCUGGCGCUGGCGAUACUGGAGAAUGACUGGACCAUAUACGACACCUUGGUCCAGCCCCUGAGGAUGCUGUGUCGAUACCAGUUGAGCCACGGAGCCGUCCCCCACCAGAGCAAGGAGCAUAUGCUUGUGUCAGGCCGCUGCCGUCGACCGCUCGGAAAACGUACCUACAAGAAACUGCGGAAGUGUGGAGCGCGCUAUCCACAUGCCCUGGCUGCCCUGCUGACUAGUGGAGGCGGAGAGGUGGAGGAGGUGGAGAAGGAAGCUGAAGAAGAGAAGGAAAGAAAGGAGGAAGAAGAGGAGGAGGAGAGAGAAGAAGAAGAGAAGGAGGAAACAAAUUACAAGAACCAUGAAAAUAAGACUGAAGAGGAAGAAGACGACGAAAGAGGAGGAGGAGAAGAAGAGAACAAGGGAGGAGGAGGAGGAGGAGGAGGAGGAGGAAAAAGUGAAGAGGAGAAAUGUGUUACAAAGGCGAAGAGAAACAUUAGUGGACACAUACCCUGGGAGUUGAGAUGAUGAGUGUGUGUGUGUGUGUGUGUGUGUGUGUGUGUGAGAGAGAGAGAGAGAGAGAGAGAGAGAGAGAGAGAGAGAGAGAGAGAGAGAGAGAAGUAUGAGGAAGGAAGGAAAUGGAGAGAAUGGAAGAAAGAAAGGAAGGAAAGGAGAAGGAAGAAGGAAAGUCUGUGUUUAGAGAAAGGAAGGAAGGAAGGAGAGAGAGAGAGAGAGAGAGAGAGAGAGAGAGAGAGAGAGAGAGAGAGAGAGAGAGAGAGAGAGAGAGAGAGGAAAGGAGAAGUAAAGUCUGUGUAUAGAAAGGAAGGAAGGAAGGAGAAGGAGAGAGAGAGAAAGGUGAAGGAAAGAGAGAAAGAUAUGAAGGAAAAUAAUGGAGGAAAGAAAAUGAAGGAAGGAAAAAGAAGAAGAAAAUUGUGCAUAAUAAAAAUAAGGAAAAAGAAAUAAAGAAAAUGAAGGAAAUAAGAUCAUGUGUGUGUGUGUGUGUGUGUGUGUGUGUGUUCAUAGAGGAGACAAUAUGUGAAAAAGCUAUGAAUUUGAUUAUUAACAUUAGGAAAAGAAUUACCUUGGUUGGUUGAUUUCGUUGUGUUGUUAUUUUUGUGAACUGUGGGACGCGCUCACAAUCGUCUUGUCUGUUGUGAUCGUUACCAAUGACGACGAUCGACACUAGUUUUCCACGUGAAACUGGCCUAUGGGGUAGUGGCGAUGCAGAGGAAGCGAGGGGUGUUGAGAGUGUGUGGCAAGGUGCGGGGCGAGGCUAACCCCACAGCCGUCACAACCCCAUAACCCAGUUUGACGUGGAAAUUCUACAGCAGUGAUUGGCGCCAUUGGUAACGAUCAACACAAACAAGGCGUCCCUGUGUGAGGUUGAGAGUGUUGUUUCUUUUGGUAAUAAACAAGGCAGACUAACUUAUGACCAACCAAUCAUUAACACCUGUAAGGAAAGGUAUGUUGAUUAGGUUAGCAGUGAUUGGCGCCAUUGGUAACGAUCAACACAAACAAGGCGUCCCUGUGUGAGGUUGGAAGUGUUGUUUCUUUUGGUGAUAAACAAGGCAGACUAACUCAUGACCAACCAAUCAUUAACACCUGUAAGGAAAGGUAUGUUGAUUAGGUCAGCAGUGAUUGGCGCCAUUGGUAACGAUCAACACAAACAAGGCGUCCCUGUGUGAGGUUGGAAGUGUUGUUUCUUUUGGUAAUAAACAAGGCAGACUAA